UCCUCCUGGCCGUGCGCGGAUGAAGCGGCAUCGGCUAAUCCUAACGGUACUCGUGAACACGAUCGUGGAGCAGUCGGUCGCCGAUUUAGAAAACUCGAGCAGAUAACGAAGGACUCGACAAUUGGGCGCAAUUGGGCAGGUAUCGGAUCGGGAUUCGCUUUCGAGAUCGGGAGCCGAGCGUGCUUCACCGGGUUGUUCGUCCAUCAUCGCGCUCCGCCGCCGUCGCCGCCGCGCUGUGAGUGGGGAUCCGUUGAGUUGGUCAAGAACUGCGAGGGUUCGCGAGUGUCUCAAGUGUAAUGAGUGAGUUCAGGAGGUGGAUCCGUCACCUUCAUCGUCACCUCGGCGACAUCAGCAUUCGACAACGCGCCGGGGGUUAGUUGCCCACUCGGCCACCUUCCCUGCUCCCGUGCUCCCGUGUGUCAACCGCCCACCACCCACACUAACGCAUCCGCCGCUCCCCAAACAAGUGUUCUCAUCAAGUGCCACUUCCCAGAUUUCCACGUCUCGGGCCUCCGUCGACUCUUCUGAUCUCCGCUAACAUUCCUCAUCUUGUGCGAGUGACAAGUGAUUCUGCGUCUUCUUCAACAUGUGAUAUGCGCUCGCCGUUCGGGCAAACAAAUUUGGCGAAUCCCCCGCGUCGAAGGAUCGAAGUUAUUGGUUCCGGCCCCCGUGCUCCCUUCAAAAAUGAGACAUAAAUUGCGGAAAAACAAAACGCUGACGUUGUGCUAUUUGUCGCUAUGGCGUAUUUUCUGAUGUCGCUCUCUCUGUGAAAUUUGUUGCUCUCUUAGGUGACCGCUAAAGUAUUUUUUAAAGUGACAGUGACUUUGUUAAAACAAUAAUUCAUCAUAUUUGUUCUCAGUGAAACUAGAUAGUACGGAAUUUUUCAAUUUUGUUUUUCUCCUCACCCAAGUGUGAAUUGUGCGCAUCAUCUAUUCAAAAGGAUAUUUUUUUGCUCAUAACUUCAGAAAAGCUCCUCACAAGUAGAAAAUGGGAUUAGACAAUAUGAAUAUGAGCGUUCCUUCAAUUAUUUUUUAAUGAGCGUGGUGGAGUCCUCCCUGGCGUGGUACUGUUACUACCCGCGAGCUGGCGCGCUUUCUAUCGGCGCAGCAGGUGACAACAUGAGAGAGAAGGAUUCCAGUCCGCGUAAAAUGGUGCUGCCUUCGACCGACCCCGCCUCAGCUUCCCCCAAGCAAGCAGCCGUCUACCCUCUCACCGUCCAAGUUCCUGCGCUCGGCGACCACGAGCCGGCAGACGAGAUGCCGUUCGACCUCUCAAGGGCGGGAAGUCGCCCCCACAUGUCACCCGCCGCCCGGCCACCACCCUCCCUCAGCGAGUGCGACGAGGACCAGCCUCUCGACCUCCGCGUCGACUACAAGAAGGUGACGCUGCGGCGGAACCUCGAGGACGAGAACCAGAACCUCAUCAUCCACUCGCCCUCGCCUUCGCCUAAAGAGAACGCCACGCCUGCCUCCGGGCACGCUUCUCCCACGUCCAGCGAGAAAGAAAUCGAGGUGGCCGAUAAGCCAAAGGAGGAGCUCAAUGAUAAAGGGAAGUCGCAAGGGAAAGCCAUGGCACCUUACCCGUUGCUGUUCCCCCACCACCAGCCACCCGUGCAUCCGAUUGUACUGGAGGUCAUGUACCGCGCCGGCGAGAAGGUCCCGCGGAUGCCCCUUCCAUACUCCCCCUCGAGUCCCCCCGAAUAUCCACCUUACAACCCGUUCCAAGGUUUGCUCAACGGUCACCGAGUUCCAGGCCCACCUGCCUUCGAGAGCGUCCACCCGCCGAUCCCCAACUCCCCGAAGCACCCGCAAGACCAACCCCUGAGCACGGUCGGGAAACCCAAAGAUAGGUACGCUUGCAAAUUCUGCGGUAAACAGUUCCCUAGAUCCGCCAACUUGACGCGGCACCUCCGCACGCACACCGGGGAGCAGCCCUACAAGUGCAAGUACUGCGAGCGCUCCUUUAGCAUCUCAUCAAACCUCCAGCGGCACGUUAGGAAUAUCCACAACAAGGAGAAGCCCUUCAAGUGCCCGCUCUGCGAUCGGUGCUUCGGGCAGCAGACGAACCUAGAUAGGCAUUUAAAGAAGCACGAGUCGGACGGGCCGACGAUCCUGGACGACCGGCACGGGAAGAGGAGCUCGCCCGUCUCGCAGAGGUGUCGACCCCCCGGCAUGAUCGGCGAGGACUCCUAUUUCGAGGAGAUCAGGUCCUUCAUGGGCAAGGUGAGCGCAGACUCGAAUCGAAUCAUGCCCCGCUCCAACUUCUCGCCCAGCUACAAUUUGGUCUACAUGCAGCGACAGAUGGAGUCCCUCGUAGGAAUUACCAAGUUGGAUAGUCUGAGUAGUAACGAGAAAGAGAGCACCUCGUCCCGAUCCUCAUCCUCGUCGCUCCUCCAGGUGGCGUCGCCGCAGUCCCGGGAGAGCCCCGAAAGCCCCAAAAGCGACGACCACGAGAAGUCACACAACAACAAUAACAACACAAGCAGCAAUAAUAAAAAUACUUGAUACCGGCUCCUCUCCUCUGUCGACCCCUCUUCCUCUUGCCGAGUAGGGGUCGCCACAGAGUGCCGUAGCCGGAGACUCAAACGCACGGAUAACAACGUCACCGCGGCGUUGCACCACACUUCAUUCGGCUCCUCUGAACCAGUGCUUAAGUACCGCUCCGCAGGUGCUCUUUAACCUAUCCUCCCUUCGAUACACCUCGAAAUAUGUGACCAGAUCUCUGAGAAGGGGCCUUAUUUUCCAAAAUUCCAAAUUUAGGUUUUUGGUACCAAAGCGUGGAGUAAGAAAACUGAAAAUUUUGCACCAAAUUUGACCCCAUAAAGGUUAAAGAUUGAAGAACGUAUGAGUUUUGAAGUUACAGAAUAAAAAUGUCUAAGAUAUAGAAAAACAUGGUCUAAGCUUUUGAAAAAAGUUGAGGUAAAUUUUCUUCCGGAAGAUAAAGUCCCUUUUCAAAAUCCGGUCACAUAUGCUGAAUUUCCAUCUUUUCAAGCCUAUCAAUGAGAAUAAGUUAAUAUUGUCAACUGUACCUGGAUUGAGCCUUGCUUGGCGAGUUAAUGAGACCUGAGUUGUGUCGCUCCGGCCCUGGUGCUAGUCAAAAAUAUAUCCUCCUCUAAAAAUCCAACAUGGCGCUCUUUAGAGGUGGCUUGUUGAACAAGGCAAAAGAGAGAGUGAGUCCCGUUGAGAAAACCACAAAAACAGAGAGGAACAAUUUUAAAUCUAUUUUCAAGACAUUCUACACAAAAAAAGUUGAGCUCAUAAAGUAAAAAAAAAAUUGUUGGCCUGAAAAAAAGAGGUGAGAAGGGGAGCUGUUGGCCGCGGGCACUUAGUUUGGGUGAGUCAACUAUAUUUGGGCACUAUGAUCAGAAGAUGAAGGGUACGGUGUACGUAGAUUUAUUUGUCGUCCGGUAAACAUCACUGGCUUAUGUAAAAGUAAUCACCUCCUCGAUUCUGUUUUUUCUCGAUCAAACUCCCUAUGACGCAAGGAAUUUCCCAAACCGCUGCUGGUUUUCUCAACGAAUGUGUCUCGUUAGAAAAUUCUAAUAUAGUUGAUUUUUAGUGUAUAAAAUGCGAGCCUGGUAAUACCAUUCAGUUGAUUAUUUUAAGUUACCAUUAUAUACUUACUCAAUUUGUUUAUUCCUUCCUACUCUAUCCUUUUGUAAAUGAUUCUCAAUUUUUGAAUUUAGAAAGAAAUUGGAUCUUUAAUUUUAUUGAAAUUUAAUGGCCUUUAUUGAGUGCCUUUUACCAAUUAGAAUUAAGAACAAACUUUUAUAAACAGACGGGGCUUUUUUUACAUUUUGUUUAGAGUAUUUUUUCAUUCAAAAUAAUAUCUCAAAUCAGAAGUGUUGAACAUAUUACUAUCGGUGUGUGCAUUCCCAGUUAAGAAUUCCUAUCCACUCGCUCGGUAAAAUGUAUUUGAUCAAUAUAUUUUAUGGAAUUCUAUAGAAUUCUACAGAAAAGGGUUAAUUUUCCAAGGAUGCAAUUAAACCAUUCUAAAUUCAUGUCUCCAGAUAGUUUAACCAGUAAACUACUGAUAUAAAUAUUCCAACACUUCUGAAUAUAUUAAAAGGUUAGCCCCAAUUGUCUGACGUAAAUGUUAUUGUGAUAGUUACUUUUAUAAAAUAAAUAUUUCUUUUUUGUUGAAGAUGUGCUUAUUUAACGCUGUGUACAAAAAAGAGUAUAAAAAUUCAGAAACAGAACAAACCCAUUGAAAUCAUAACCCCUAUGCAAAAAAAAAUAUCGGCAGUAAUUUAGUUGCAAAAUAAUUCAAUUUUAAAACAUUAAAUUAUUUUUGAUCACUGUUUUAUCAUAAAGUUCACUUUCAAAAACACGAAUCCCAUGAAUACACAAAACAGUGUUUAUGUGACUUUGAAAAUCUACUUAAAAUUAGAUUCUAAUUCAAAGUCGAUGAUACUGACACACAGUUUCAGUAGAGUGGGGCAUCAGAUUAUAUUGGAAAUAAAUGGAUUUUUAUCAAAAAAUGACUUCACUGCAGCGCUCUGUGAUUCUUUGUAUCGCUCUGUCAUGAUUUUCUUCGCAACCAACGCUUUGAAAAUUUGAACAACGACUUUACAUCAAAAUGUGGACUAAUACAACCGCCAAAAAGUUGAGUGCUGAAGUAUCUCAUUUCCUGGAAUGAAAAAAUUGGUUGAAAACAAGUGUUUAGGAACUAUGAUAAGAGAGGAGAAGAUUUCAUUAUUUCAAUAAUUUCAACUUUUCUCAAUACUUUAUUUCUUUGCCUUUUUUUCUUUUUAUAAUUUUGGAUGUACUUAAAUUAAGUUGGUAUACCAAGAACGCUCAACUCGGCUUAAUCGAUUUCCCGGUGGAAAGAUUAUUUUCAGGUCACCGAUUUUUUUUUUAUUUUUUGCAUAUUCCGCAAAAAUGUACAGCACAUUGCUCACAUUCCGAUAGUUUAUAUUAAUGAUUAUCAUCUUAUGAAGAAAAAAGUUCCUCUUUCCAUUAUUUUAGAAUCAAAGAAUUGAUAAUAUAGUUGAAAAUCAACCUCCUUUUAAGUUAAGAUUAAUAAUUAAUGCAUCCAAUAUGAAUCAAAACUGGCUCAUGUAUCAGAAAAAAGCCGUAUGUUAUGUGUAUGCUAUGUUGUCAGUAUCGCCCACGGAAAUAAUCAUUCUUGUAGAUACCAUUGAACGUAUGCGUAAAGAAUAUUCUUCCUCAUUUUAUAUUGUUCCAAUAUGUUCGAAGAAGCACCUCUUAAAGAAAAAUUUAUUCUUGGUCUUUAAACCACUCAACAGACUAAAAUUAUAAAGUGUGGCAUAAUUAAAAUGCAUGGCUGGCCUGUACAUCUGCAUCCAAGCUCUAGGUCACCGAUUUGUUUUAUCUACUGGCAGUCCAAUGAAACUCAUACCUGUCCAUCUCGUCAAGGAUCUGAGAUUGAUUGAUUGAUUUGUAUGACAAAGUCUCAGAGUAUUAAUUAUCAACUAUUUUGCAUGCAGGUAUAGACCUGACAUUUCUCCCAUCCUCCCUUGUACGCUGUUAUGCCACCUUUUUUUCUUUAGACGCAAAUACUUUUUUAAAAAAAAUCAAAAGUACCGUAAUUGUUCCGUUGACUGUAUGUAGAGUUAUUUUAUUUAGUUUGGAACUGGCGAUACUGAUGAUAAACUGACCUAAUAUUUACAGUUGCGAAGACUGUGAUCGGAGUUUUUAACUCUCAGCCCACAUUGAAGUUCCAUCUCAGUACCGUGUUUGAACAAAAAAAAAUUAAACUCUUUAUGCUAUUUUGUGUUUUGCAGCAUGAUGCUAGACGAAAGUCAAAAAUUGUUUUCGUUUCCGUAUAUUUUAUAGACCUGUUUUACACUAUAAAACUAGAGAAUAAAUUAAAGUUGAAAUUGUUGUUUAUAAAUCAUGAAAAAUAAAUAUUGAAUCAUUAGAAAGUAAAAGAAAAA